UAUGUCGAUGUACACAUACGUUGGAAUGGAUUUCGGUUUGGUCAUCAUUUAAUUGUUUGGAUAUUGACACAUUGUUUAUUGCGAAAGUGUUGUUUUUAAUUGUUUGGUUUAGACCAAGGCCAUCUUGUUUAUUACAUAUAAUAAUUUAGUUAAUUGUUUUUGAAAGAAAUAGAAAAGCCAAACCACAAAAUGAUACCGGUUAGUUCACGUGCAUUCAUGGCAAUGCAAAAUUUAACCAUUGCUGAACUAACAAAAUGUGACGAAAAUGAAUUACGACCAUUGCUACCGUGUUUAGUGCGUAUGGCCACAUUAAAAAAACUUGAUAAUACAAAAACAACCAUCGAUUCAAUAGCACAGAUUUUGUCACUUUUGGCUGGCAUUAUUGAGGUGAAUAAUAUUGUAGCAUUGCUACAAAUCGAUUUCCAUGAACUUGAAACUGACAUUCGCAAAGAGCAACAAUUGAGACAAAAAAUUGGCAAUUCGAACCAAGAUUCAGCACAAUUUCAUGGUCUGCAAAAUGGCGUUGCACUCGGCUUUGAACGUGCCGAAAUUACACAAAAAGUACGCAUCAUUUUAUCCGAAUUGUUUUACAUUCAAUCGCAAAUAUUUGAACAAAAUCAAUUGAAUGCGGUUCGCGGACCAAAUGACAAUAUUCAAAAACAGUCCGAACUGUUUGACAAUGAUAUUUAUCUGGAGGAGAUUACACAUAUUAUAUGCAUUGCACUGGCUGAACUGCCAUCACUUUUUAACAUUCAAGAAGUCAUUGAGACACUGCUUUACGUCAACAAUGGCAGCACAAUCAUUUGCUGGAUCGUUGCCAAUAUGCCCGAUUGCUUUAAAGAAGUUGUAACGGCAUUAAUAUCAAAUGGCGAUGAAGAAACCGCCGAAGGAAGACUUCGUUCGAAUGCACUAAAUGCAUUGUGUGAUAUGAAUCCAGGUCAAGCCAUUUCCACACGAACACUCUGCGUAGAAAUGGGAAAAAUGCCGUCGCUCAUGUUGAAAUUGAGUUUAAAAGAUACAAAUGAUUUGAUCGCCUUCGUAUCCAGCCUACUAUUGGGAAAUGAUCAAAAUACAAGAUCCUGGUUUUCAUUGUACGUUCGUACAAAUCAAAAGCGUAAAAAUGAUGCUUUGCAAGCAAUUCGUGAUGAAUUGUUGAAACAAUUGCAAAAUAUCUUAAAAUCAUCACAAAAUUCCAAUCUUCCCGAUGAGUAUGUGAUUCAAGGUGCGGCCAUUCUUCGGCUAUAUUGUGCAUUGCGUGGAAUUGCUGGAAUAAAAUUCAACGAUGACGAAGUAUCAAAAAUCAUGCAAUUGGUCACAUCGAAAAAGCCGCCACCAACACCAUCCGGUAUACGUUUUGUAUCGAUUGCUUUAUGUAUGUUAAUUGCAUGCCCAUCGUUAAUCAUGCAACCAGUUCAAGAAGCAAAGGGAAUCGAAUGGGUUCAGUGGUUGAUCAAAGAGGAAGCAUACUUUGAAUCAAACAGCGGUGUCAGCGCGUCAUUUGGCGAAAUGUUACUGUUAAUGGCCAUUCAUUUUCACAGCAAUCAGGUGUCGGCCAUUUGUGAAUUGGUGUGUUCGACAUUGGGCAUGAAAAUUCCAUUGCGUCAAAAUAACACAACACGAAUGAAGCAAAUUUUCACACAAGAAAUAUUCACGGAACAAGUUGUAACCGCACACGCUGUCAAAGUACCGGUUACAUCGAAUUUGAAUGCAAAUAUGGUCGGUUAUCUGCCUGUUCAUUGCAUACAUCAAUUGCUAAAAUCAAGAGCAUUCACAAAGCACAAAGUUCCGAUCAAGUCAUGGAUCUACCGCCAGAUCUGCUGUAGUUCAACACCAUUACAUCCCGUUUUACCGUCAUUGAUUGAAGUAUACGUAAAUUCGAUUAUUGUUCCGACGGCCAAAGGGCCCGUCGAACACACCACCAAACCGUUAUCACAAGAGGAUAUUUUGCGAGUAUUUCGUAAUUCGGUGAUUGGAAGUACUCUAAGUGUAGCAAAGAAAGGUGAGGAUUUCGACGUAAAAUCACCAUCAUCGGAGAGCGUUUCAAUGGAAGAUGAUUUCCAAUGCACCUCAAAUAUAACGGCUCAGCUUUUGCUUUUAUACUAUUUACUAUUUUAUGAGGAUGUUCGAUUGAGUAAUAUGUCAACAUUAUUGGCAACGGGUCGCAAGAUAAAGAGUUAUCCAACCGAAUUUCUAAAUGAACUUCCCAUCAAAUAUCUGCUGCUGCAAGCCCAACGAAAUCACAACGAUUUUAGUGGAUUAUUUUGUCCAUUGUUAAAACUAUUAAUAACACAUUUUCCGCAUUUAUCACUGGUUGAAGACUGGAUUGAAGAGGAAGCACUACAGCAAACGCAUUACUCAAAGGUGCAAAUUCAAUCGUUUCAUGUAUUGGAGGCGUUUGAAGAAAUCGACACAUGUCCAUCAAAAGUGAUAAAAUUACUUCGUUUCAUGCUGAAGAAAUCACCAUCCGACUUAUGGCCACUGGCCGAAAUAUUCAUUUCAUAUUUUCGACGAAUUUUAAAAGAUACCGUUCCACUUCUCAUUCAAGAUCUCUACAAACAAGUCUGGAUUCGUUUGAAUACAGUUUUACCGCGUCGUCUUUGGGUCAUGACAAUAAAUGCAUUGAUGCCAGAGGAUAAUGUCAUAAAAGUCCAAACGAUGCCACAAGAAAUGACCUUUGAUCCACUUCUAGUGUUACGAUGUGAUGAACGAGUUUUUCGAUGUCCGGUUGCGUUGACAAUCGUUUUACGGAUAUUACAAGCCAGUUUGGCCGCAUCAAAAAGUCAAUUGGCCCGACACAUUUUAGAUAAACCAUUGCAACAAGAUCGACUUGGUCAAAUUCAAUCAGAAACUGAACGUGAAGAUCUACGAACCGCAUUGGUGGCAUCACAAGAAAGUGCAGCUGUUCAAAUGUUGCUUGAAGCAUGCUUGGAAACCGACGAAGAUCGUUCGACUGUUGGUCGAGACACCGUAUUGCGCGAAAUUCGUGGAUUAAUUUGUCAAUACAUUCAUCAUGUAUUCAUUUCGGAACCAUCAAUGGCACGAUUGGUGCACUUUCAAGGAUAUUCACACGAUUUACUUGCCGUCACCGUUCGCGGUAUACCAUCAAUGCACAUCUGUAUGGAUUUCAUACCUGAGCUACUUGGAAUGCAAGAGAUGAGCAAACAAAUAUUCGCUAUCGAUCUUACGUCAUAUCUGUCGCUGCAGUACGCUUUUCCGAAAUCACUAAACUUGGCCAAAUUAUGCAUAAACUCUUUAUCAACAUUGCUCGGCCUACUUACAUCUGAUACACGGAUUGAAAUGUUUCGAUCAGUUUUGCCAUCGUUGGUUCGAUUUGCUGAAGCAUUUCCACCAUUGAUCGAAGAAUGUAUUUUAAUAUUGAUGCAAUUGGGCCGACUGGCCGAUGCACAAUCAUCAUUGGGACGAUCGAUAUCAUUGCCAUCGUUGUCAUUGAGUCCAUGUUCGAAGAUACGAGUUCAAUCACGUAAAGCACUGUCCGUCGAUAAAAUGAUGGACGAAAUUCGCGAAACAUUCGGCAAACUUCUCGAUGAAGCCGUUCUAAAGCCCAAAAUUUAUUAGCUUAAAUUGAGAUAUAAUAGUUAGUUAGUGAUAAAGACUAAAAAAAUAGAAACCAUCGUUUGAUUUGAAGAUUUAUUUUCCAAUAUAAAUAAAAACAAUGUCAAAAUAACUAAUUUUAA